AUGGACCCUUCCUGGCUGUGGCUGCUCUUCCUCUCUGUCCCCCAGGUUCUUCUCGAGGCCCAGCCUGCAGAGUUGCAUGUGGAAGUCCCGGAAAACUAUGGUGGGAAUUUUCCUUUGUACCUUGCCAAGUUGCCACUGCCCCGUGAGAAGACCGAGGGUCAAUUUAUGCUGUUGGCAGACUCGGGCAUGGUAACUGAGGGCCCCUUUGCUGUGGAUUCAGAGUCUGGCUUCUUGCUGGUGACCAGGGCCCUGGACCGAGAGGAACAAACAGAAUACCGGCUGCAGGUGACCCUGGAGACAGAGGAUGGACAUGUCCUGUGGGGUCCACAGCCUGUGCUUGUGCAUGUGAAGGAUGAGAAUGACCAGGUGCCCCAUUUUUCCCAGACCACGUAUAGGGCUCAGCUGAGCCAGGGCACCAGGCCUGGUGUUCCCUUCCUCUUCCUUGAGGCUUUUGAUGGGGAUGAGCCAGGCACAGCCAAUUCAGAUCUACGAUUCCACAUCCUGAGUCAGACUCCAACCCAGCCUUCUCCAAACAUGUUCCAACUGGAGCCCCAGCUGGGGACUCUGGCCCUCAGCCCCAUAGGAAGCUCCAGUCUAGACCUUGCCCUGGAGUGGCCCUACCAGCUGCUGGUACAGGUCAAGGACAUGGGUGACCAGGCCUCAGGUCACCAGGCCACAGCCACCAUAGAUGUCUCCGUAGUAGAGAACACCUGGGUGCCCCUAGCGCCCAUCCAUCUGGCAGAGAAUCUCAAAGUCCCAUACCCGCACCUCAUUUCCCAGGUACACUGGAGUGGGAGUAAUGUGCACUACUAUCUGGAGAGCCUGACUCCAGGCCCCUUUGAUAUUAACACAGAAGGGAAAGUCUAUGUGACCAAGGAGCUAGACCGAGAAGCUCAGGCUGAGUACCUACUCCAGUUUGGGGCUCAGAAUACCCAUGGAAAGGACUAUGCAGAACCUCUGAAGCUGCAGGUAGUGGUGAUCGAUGAGAAUGACAACGCACCUGUCUGCCCCCCACGUGGUCCCCCAAUCAGCAUCCCUGAGCUCAGUCCCCCAGGCACAGAGGUGACCAGACUGUCAGCAGUGGAUGCAGAUGCCCCUGGCUCCCCUAACUCCCUCGUUGUGUAUCAGCUGCUGAGUCCUGAGUCUGAGGAGGGGGUGGAAGGGAGAGCCUUUGAGCUGGACCCCACCUCAGGUGUCGUGACACUGGGGGCUGCCCCAUUCCAAGCUGGUCAGAGCAUCCUGCUUUCAGUGCUUGCUGCUGACCUGGCAGGAGAAGAGGGAGGCCUCAGCAGCACAUGUGAAGUCACUGUCUUGAUCAAGGACAUCAAUGACCACGCCCCUGAGUUCACCACCUCCCAGAUCGGGCCCAUAAGCCUCCCUGAAGAUGCAGAGCCCGGGACUCUGGUGGCCACACUUAGGGCCACUGAUGCUGACAUUGAGCCUAACUUCCGCCUCAUGGACUUUGCCAUUGAGGCAGGCAAUGUGGAGAGGACCUUUGAUCUCGAAUGGAAGCCAGACAGUGGUCAUGCUCAACUCUGGCUCCGAAAGAAUCUCAGCUAUGAGGCAGCUACAAGCUACAAGUUGGUGGUGGUGGUGCAGAGUGUAAUGGAUCUGGUAGGGCCAGAUCCCGGCCCAGGAUCCUCAGCCACAGUGACUGUGCUGGUGGAGAAGGUGGUGUCACCCCCCAAACUGGACCAGGAGAGCUACGAGGCCAGUGUGGGGGUCAGCACCCCAGCUGGUUCCCUCCUACUGACCAUCCAUCCUUCAGACCCCAACAGCAGCCCCCUCAGGUUCUCUCUGGUGAAUGACUCAGAGGGCUGGCUCUGCAUCAAGGAGAGUUCCGGGGAGGUGUACACAGCUCGGUCCCUGCAGGGUGCCCAGCCCGGGGCCACGUACACUGUCCUCGUGGAGGUCCAGAACGCAGAUGAGCCAGGACUGAGCUCCUCUGUGACCCUGGUGCUCCGCUUCCUGAAAGCAUGGCCAACCCCCGCCCUGCCUCCAGCCCCUGUUCCUGUCCGACACCUCUGCACACCCCGCCAGAAUCACGGCGUCGUCAUCAGUGGAGCCAGAGGAGUCCCUGACCCGGCCAGUGGGCAGGGUCCCUACAGCUUUGCCCUUGGCUCCAAUCCCACAGUGCAGCGGGAUUGGCGCCUCCAGGCCCUCAAUGGUUCCCAUGCCUACCUCACCCUGGCCCUGCACUGGGUAGAACCACAGGAACAUGUCGUCCCUAUAGUUGUCACCCACAAUGACCAGAUGUGGAAACUACUGGUUCGAGUGGUCGUGUGCCGGUGCACCGUGGAGGGUCAGUGCCUACGCAAGGUGGGCCGCAUGAAGGGCAUGCCAACGAAGCUGUCUGCAGUGGGCACCCUCGUGGGUACCCUGGCAGUGAUAGGUUUCCUCCUCAUCCUCAUCUUCACCCACUUGGCCUUGUCGAGGAAGAAGGACCUGGACCAGCCAGCAGACAGUGUGCCCAUGAAGUCAGUGGUCUGA